GGUGACAAGGGAAACCAAACCAUUCUUUUUCUGAGUGCACAAAGGUGACAAGGGAAACCAUGUUGGGAAACGAGGUUGUGCACUCAGAGAGAGAGAGAGAGGGAUAGAGAUAGAUAGAUAGAUAGAUAGAGAGAGAGAGAGGGAGAGUACCACAUAUACAUAGAGAGAGAGAGAGAGGUUACCUUGUGCCGACGGCUGGUGGUGGUUGCAAAUGGAGGUCGGUGGAGGUCGGCGGAUGAAGGCGGAUGAAGGCGGACAGCGGCGGAGGUGGGCAGAGGCACGCGGAGGCAGGCGGACACCGGCGGAGGUCGGCGGAGGUGGGCAGAGGCACGCGGAGGCAGGCGGACACCGGCGGAGGUCGGCGGAGGCCAGCGGAGGUCGGCGGAGACCAGCGGAGGUCGGCGGAGCACAGCGGAGGCCGGCGGAGGCCGGCGGAGGUCGGCGGAGCAAACAUCAGCGAGUGGAAGCCGGCGCCGCAACAAACAGAGCCAGCUGCAUCGUCCGCCAGACGAAGAGGACCGUGGUCCUCCUGUGGGUUCGUCUCGCCGGAGGAAUGCGCUGGACCGUCUCAGGCGUCCAGCCGGGUAAUCAUGUCGUCGGCGAUGAGGAAUGUGGUGUUGACGAGGACGAUGUCGAAGAGGAGAAAAGCGAAAGGGAGAGAGAGAGAGAGGAUCGUGAGGAAUCUAUGCACGACUACGAGGGUGGGGAGUCUCAACAGUACUAUGAGGAGGACGACGGGGGCGAUGGAGAAAAUGAUGAUGCCUAUCCUGUCGUUGAUGAGGAUGGACGACAAGAAUGGUCGGUUGAUGUGGAGGUCGACGACGCAACAGGAGAGCGGUCGGAGGCCAGUGUCCUGAAAAGGAAGCGAGAAUCUUUAACAAGUCCAACAACGGCGGCGGAUAAGCGCCCUGCGAAGGAACUCACUCUUGCUGCAUCUCAACAGGCGCUUAGAGCUUCUGAAGAGGCGGUCGCUGAAAGCGUGAAGAAACAAAAAGGGGGUUCCUCCAGAGUUGUGUCGGAAAAGACACAACCUUCCGCCAACACCCAUGAUGAAGCCAUCGACACAACACGGUGCUUCUUCUUGGAGUUCGAUGAAGAUGGGCUUGCGAAGAAAAAACGGGAAUACAUUGAAGUGGAUGUCACUAAGAUCUUGCCAAUCCCUGGAGAUGACAUUCUCUUCAACCAUAGAACGUUGGACGAAAUGUUGGUGCAGUCCAUAUAUGAUGCGAUCCAUAAUGCGGCCAAGGAAACCAACGGGAAGUGGGAUUUCAUGACUUUCAUCCUGGCUCCCAUUGUGCCCAACAGGGACGGGUCUCAAGGCAGACGGAUCACACCGGAGCAAUUCGACGUCGAACUAGCUCAUACAUACAACUGGUAUGCUGUUGCUGGCCAGCACACGACUGAGGCAAUGAACAGACUCAUUACAGACAAGUCACCGGACGAGAAAGUGUAUGGCUUGAGGUCAUACUCUCACGUACGUGUUGUCUACUUUGACGAUGACACAAAGAGAGGAUAUCCGUACGUCUCGACGUUCGACAACACGAGGGAGGAGCGUUCCAUCCCGAUAUCGUUUUUGUCAUCUGUGCGGCAAAUGAGAACAUUUUGGGAUAAGAGGAAUGACCGGAUCCAUCCGCCAGGCACGGUGUCCCCGAAUGACGUCGAGGGAAUGAAACAGAAAAAGAAAUGGGAAGCAUUCAUGAACGCCGCCUGCAAAAUCACACCCGAUUCCAGUCUCAUGAACUCGUCCCUGAAGAACGACUACUGCAAGGACUGGACGAACAAGAUGCGCGGAUACAUGAAUCUUGCGCAGUGCAGCGAGACGGUACGGCCACUAGUACAGAAAUUCUUUGACAUGUACGAGAAGGGGUUAUUGCCGUGAGUCGACGGUGUGAGAUACAUCGACCUGCCGGGGAAAGUGAAAGGGAGGCUGCCUGGGCAAUACCAGAGUUCGCAACUGGGAUUUU